AUGUUGAAAUUACAUAAUUAUUUUCGUGCUCGUCAUUGUGCACCACCACUUGUUAUAAGUCAACAGUUAAAUCAAAUUGCUCAAUCAUAUGCUGAAUACUUAGCAGCGACAUCAACAUUUGAACAUAGUGGAAAUCAACUUGGAAAUGAACCCUUAGGAGAAAAUCUAUAUAUGCAAUGGAUAUCUUAUGGUCGAGUAAAAGCUUCUGCAAGAGAUGCAAUACAAAGUUGGUAUGAUGAAAUAGCAAUGCAUGAUUUUGACAGACCAAUAUAUUCAUCAGAAACCGGUCAUUUUACCCAAAUGGUGUGGAGAUCAUCAAGAAAAUUGGGUGUUGGAGUAGCUUACUCACCUGAUGGCCGUGAAGUUUAUAUUGUAGCAAAUUAUUAUCCUGGUGGAAAUAUUGUUAAUCGAGGAUAUUUCGAAAGUAAUGUUUUACCACCGAAUUGUUAG